GAGAAGAUAUUGAAGAAAAAAAUUGUGAACAAGAGAUAACAGUGUACAGAUAAAGUGCAAAGUUGGAAGAGCUUUAUUCAUUUGAAUUUCUAAACGAUUCAAGACAUUGAUCGAUAAAAAGGAAUAGGGUUUAAUUUUUGGAUCUGUCAAGAGGAAAUUAGAAAUUGAAAUAAUAUUGAGGCUGAAUAAUAUACGCGAAGGUGGAAAGGAUUGCUGAUAUUUUCCUCGAGAAGAACGACGUCGUUUUCGUUGGUGAACAGAAAUGGCGUCGGCGGCAGCGGAGUUGGUGGUGGAGAGGGAAUUGGAAUCGAGAAUCGAGAUGGCAGAUACGAAUCGAACGUUCGUGGGCGCCCAAGGGCUGGUCAAGAUGGCGUUGGACCAGUACACGGAAAUCCUUACCACGGUUUCCGAUCCACGGGUCAGUGACUGGCCCUUGAUGGACUCGCCGAUACCAACGUUUCUCAUCGUCCUUCUCUAUUUGUAUGGAGUGACGAUACUGGGUCCACGCGUGAUGGCGAAUAGGAAACCGUUCAAGCUGAGGGGGACCUUGCUCGCGUACAAUGCGUUCCAAGUGAUCUUCUCGUUGGGGAUGCUCUACGAGCACUUGAUGUCCGGUUGGUUAUUAGACUACAGUUACAAGUGUCAACCGGUCGAUUACUCUCAUAAUCCGUCCGCGCUACGAAUGGCUAAUUUAUGUUGGUGGUACUUCAUCAGCAAAUUCACGGAAUUCGCUGACACGAUAUUUUUCGUUUUGCGCAAGAAGGAGAGCCAGGUGACAUUUUUGCAUCUGUAUCAUCACUCACUAACUCCUCUGGAGACAUGGAUCUGCGUGAAAUUCAUUCCUGGGGGACAUGGUACUUUGGGAAACCUUAUAAAUAACGCGGUGCAUGUAAUAAUGUACCUUUACUACAUGGUAUCUGCUAUGGGACCGGAAUAUCAAAAAUACUUAUGGUGGAAGAAACAUCUCACUACCGUACAAUUGGUACAAUUCUUUCUGGUGUUCGUACAUAGCGCCCAAGCUUUGGUAUUCGAUUGCGGUUAUCCAAAACUAGUAGCGGCACUUUUACUGCUUCAUUCAACAAUCUUCUUCAUCCUUUUCUCAGAUUUCUAUCGACGAGCGUACAAUAACGACAGAACGAUGAAGGAACUGAAGAACGAUUAAACACGAUGGACAUUAUUAUCCCAAAUUUACCUCCGAUACAUUUCAACACAUCGAUCUUUUGAUCACGCAUAUAUGUUCGAUUAUCACGAAUCGAUUAUAAAAAAAAUUUUCAAAUUUUUGUAAAUUAUUAUUUAAUUAUUGUUAAAAUUUUGUAUCCUCAAAAAAUAUAAAAAAAAUUUUCGUAUUUUUUUUUUUGCAAAAGAAUAUAAAUAAAUAUAAUAUAAAUAAUAUAAAAAAAAUAUAAGAAAAUAUUUAAGAAAGAUCGAUUCAUGAAUUCGACCAUUUGAAAGAUCGAAGUGAUUAUUCGAUCGGAGUAGAGCUUAUAGAUUCCUUCCGUAUGGAAGAAGAUUAUAUAUUUUACAUAUUAUCUUAUAUCCUCCGCAGGAUAUCUCAGGUCUCGCGAAAAGCUCAGACCAGGGCUUUCAAAGCACUUAUUUUUAAGAAAAUUUUGACCGAUUAUGUAUUCAAGGUUAUCAUUGAAAUUUAUAUUUUUGUUAAGAAGAAUGAAUUAAAGUUUUCACUAAAAACAAUCAAGUUUAAUUCGUUUUAUAAUACGUAUUCAUAUGAAAAAGUAAGUAUAUGAAAAUGAAAAAAUAUAUAUAUAUAUAAUUCGAUACAUUGAUCGGUCCUUAGUGUCGUUAAUUUACUUUAAUGCACUUUUUACUUAUCGUCGGAUUUGUAAUUAAGAUUUACUGUAAAUAUAUAAUUAGUUUUAGUAAGCACCGCAAGAUGUCAUUAUUACAGUUUUAUUUAAUAUA